AUUCAAAUCUCAGAAAAAAUAAUAAUGCUAAAAAUUUAAGCACAUAACUGUAAUAUUAAUAUGAUCCAAGUCUAUGCUCACACAGCUGAUAAGACCGAGGAAGAGAUCGAAAAGUUUCUUUCAGAAUUGCACAAUACAAUCAAGUUAACAAAAUCUAGAGAUAUAAUUUACAUUUUAGGAGACUUUAGUGCAAAAAUUGGUGUAGGUACAGUUGAAAAUAUAGUUGGACAGUUCGGAUUAGGAAAUAGAAACAAGAGAGGAGAAAGACCAUAGAAUUCUGCCAAGAAAAGAAUAUGUAAGAGAAGACUAUAUAUGGACGUCUCCUUCACAUACAGAAAACCAUAUUGUCAGAAACCAGACAUACGACAGAUCUUAUGACCUCAGUUAAAAUUUAUCCUGGAGCAGAUGUUAACUCAGACACAAUCCGUUAGUUGCUGACGUGAAAAUAAAAUUAAAAAGAAUUAAACUCAGAAAACAACAACCAAAA